AUGGCUGAAUCUCAGCGUUCUCGUGUCUUCUUUGACAUUCAGAUUGGCGACGAGAAGGCUGGUCGUGUCACCUUUGAGCUGUUCAACGAUGUUGUUCCCAAGACCGCAGACAACUUCCGUGCUCUCUGCACUGGCGAGAAGGGCAUUGGCACCCAGGGCAAGCCUUUGACAUACAAGGGCUCCAUCUUCCACCGCGUCAUCAAGCAGUUCAUGAUCCAGGGUGGUGACUUCACCGCAUUCAACGGCACCGGCGGCGAGUCUAUUUACGGCGAGAAGUUCCCCGAUGAGAACUUCGAUCUCAAGCAUGACCGUCCCUUCCUCCUCUCCAUGGCCAACUCCGGCCCCGGUACCAACGGUAGCCAGUUCUUCGUGACCACCGUCCCUACUCCCCACUUAGACAGCAAGCACGUCGUCUUCGGUGAGGUGCUCAACGGCAAGAGCAUCAUUCGCAAGAUCGAGAACAUGCCCACUCAGUCCGACAAGCCCAAGACCGACGUGACCGUGGUGGACUGUGGUGAGCUCUCGGGUGACGACUGGGCCAAUGCCGACAAGCGUGUCCAGGAUGCCACGGGUGACCCCUACGAGGACUUCCCCGAGGACCACCAGGGCGAGGAGCUGACCGCACCUCUCGCCUUGAAGAUCGCUACCGAGCUCAAGGGCUUCGGUAACACUGCUUUCAAGAAGGGCGAGCUUAACCUUGGCCUGGAGAAGUACCAGAAGGGCCUGCGGUACUUGAACGAGUUCCCCGAGCCCGCCGAUAGCGACCCCAAGGAGCUGGGUGAGCAGAUGAAGGCCCUUCGCUUCACCCUGCACUCCAACUCGUCUCUGCUUGCCAACAAGCUCCAGCAGUACCAGCAAGCUCAGAGCUGGGCCUCUUACGCUCUCCAGGUCGCCGAGGCUGCCAAGGCCAAGGAUGCUGAUCUUGCUAAGGUCUACUUCCGCCGCGCCCUUGCCCGUGUUGGUCUGAAGGAAGAGGAGGGUGCCCUCAAGGAUCUCCAGGAGGCUACCAAGCUGGCGCCUACUGAUGUCGGCAUCACCAAUGAGAUUGCCAAGGUCAAGAAGGCUAUCAAGGACCGUGAUGCCAAGGACAAGGCCGCUGCUCGCAAGUUCUUCUCCUGA